AUGGGUGAACGAACUUUGAAGGAGAUGGCAGCCCCAAAUACGGGAGAUGAUCCUCUCUGCAUUGUGUUCCCAGAGCUGGACAAACCCCUCAAACUGAAUUCAGGUUUCCUUAAUCUUCUUCCCAAAUACUAUGGGAAGUCAGGUGAGAAUCCUCAUCGACAUUUAAAAGAGUUUAAGGUUGUUUGUUCUUCUAUGAAUCUUGAAGGAGUUGAACAGGAUCAUAUUAGAUUGCAUGCUUUUCCUUUUUCUUUGCAAGAUUUGGCUAAAGAUUGGUUGUAUGAUCUUCCUGCUGGAUCAAUUACGACUUGGUAUGUUAUGGCAUCAACUUUUCUAGGAAAAUACUUUCCAGCAAGUCUAAUUGGAUCCAUCAGGAAGGAGAUAUGUGGAAUUAGGCAGAAUGAUAAUGAGUCCUUGUAUGAAUAUUGGGACCGUUUUAAGAGACUGUGUUCCUCAUGUCCCCAACACCAGAUUAGUGACCAACUAUUAAUUCAGUACUUUUAUGAAGGCCUAUUGCCUACUGAUAGGGGUAUGAUAGAUGCUUCGAGUGGGGGGGGGGCAUUAGUGGAUAAAACACCAACCCAAGCUAGGGCUUUAAUUUCUAAUAUGGCUCAAAACACCCAACAACAUGGUUCUAGAAAUGAUGUUAAAAGAGUAAAUGGAGUUGAUUUAAGUGGUAUUCAGAAUCAAUUACAAGAAAAUGCUCAACAAAUUGCUACUUUAACUACUCUUGUGUCUAAAAUUGUUGCUAGUAAUGAGUCAAAAGCUAGAGUUUGUGGAAUUUGCUAUAAUGAGUCUCAUCCUACUGAUAAAUGUCCUGACUUGCAAUCUGAAGAUGUGAAUGCUAUAGGUGGUUAUUCUGGCCAAAGAAAAUAUGAUCCUUACUCACAGACUUAUAAUGAAGGUUGGAAAGACCACCCUAAUCUAAGGUAUGGAAAUAGACCACAACUUCCACAAUCUAAUCAACCAAGGCAAUACGGUCAACCAAAUCCACCAUCCCAAUCUGGUCCUUCACUAGAAGAUUUAGUUAAACAACUAACAAAUCAAAUAGGACAAGUCCAUAACCAGGGUGUUGAGUAUCAAAAGAAAACUGACACGCGCCUUCAUCAUAUAGACACUCAAAUAGGUAAACUUCCAUCACAAACAAUCCCUAAUCCCAAUGGUCAUGUUAAAGCUGUCACACUUAGGAGUGGUAAAGUGCUAACUGAACCUAAAAUGAAAAGCCGUGAAGUUGAAAAAGAGAUAGAAGUCAAUCCUAAAGUUGGAUCAAGGGAAAGAGUGGGAAGUGAGGGUACUGUGAAGGAGAGUGAAAAAGAAAAUGAAGGGGAGAGUAAAACUGAAUCUGAUUCGGUUGUUUCUCGUAUUGAAGAUUUGCCUCCUUUCCCUUCUCGAUUUGCUAAAGCUAAGAAAGAGAGUCUUGACAAUGAAAUUCUAGAAACUUUUAGGAAAAUUGAAGUCAAUAUUCCCCUUCUUGAUGCUAUUACACAGGUACCUCGUUAUGCAAAGUUUCUUAAGGAACUUUGUACUAACAAAAGGCAUUUUCGUCCUUCUGAAAAGGUAAGUAUGGGGGAAAAUAUUUCAGCUAUUAUCCAAAAGAAGCUUCCCCCUAAGUGUAAGGAUCCUGGCAUGUUUUGUAUUCCUUGCAAAAUUGGUGAUUCUAAGUUUGAAAGGUGUAUGCUAGAUUUAGGAGCCUCCAUUAAUGUUAUUGUUAUUCAGUUAGCUGAUAGAUCAAACACAUUUCCAAUAGGAGUCUUAGAAGAUGUACUUGUGCAAGUGAAUGAAUUGGUAUUUCCUGCUGAUUUUUAUGUUCUUGAUAUGGGUGAUAGAAGCGAUAGUGUUCCACUGUUGUUAGAUAGACCAUUCCUGAAAACUUCUAAGACUAAAGUUGAUGUUCAUGAGGGUAAUCUAACUAUGGAAUUUGAUGGAGAAAUUAUUAAGUUUAAUAUCUUUGAUGCUAUGAGAUACCCAAGUGAUAUCAAUAAUGUUAGUUCAAUAGAUACUUUUGAUGCUUUUGAUUGGAUGGCUCAGGAUGUAUUUGAUAAGUGGUGUGAUAAUCUAUUUAAAAUUGAUGUUCUUAGUGAUAUUAAGGAAUGUGAAAUGCAUGAUUUUUCUAUUGUAACUGCGUCUGAUGUGGCUGGUGAUGUUGAAAAAAAAAAUUCUGAUUUUUCUUUGCCUUUAUCUGUGCCUAAAUUGAUUCCUUCUAUUGUUGAAGCACCAAUUUUAGAGUUAAAACCCUUGCCCUCUAAUCUGAAAUAUGUUUAUUUGGGUGCUAACGAGACAUUGCCUGUGAUUAUUUCAAGCUCAUUAAAUGAAUAUCAAGAAGCAAAGUUGUUGAAUGUGCUUAAAAAUUAUAAAGGGCAAUAG